UCACCACCAAGAUGGCCGACGCUAUGGAGGAAUAUGAGAAAGAAGCUGGUUGCGUCCCUAUUCUCCAUCCUGAGGAAAUCAAACCCCAGAGUCAUUACAACCACGGCUACAGUGAGAACGUCAGCCGUAAGAACCAUGUGGACGACUACAGCACUUGGGACAUUGUCAAAGCCACACAAUACGGCAUCUUCGAGCGCUGCAGGGAGUUGGUGGAGGCAGGCUUCGAUGUUCGGCAGCCAGACAAAGAAAACGUAACGCUCCUCCACUGGGCCGCCAUAAACAACAGGAUAGACUUAGUCAAGUACUACAUAUCAAAGGGAGCCAUAGUGGACCAGCUGGGAGGAGACCUCAACUCCACACCUCUGCACUGGGCCACCAGACAAGGCCAUUUAUCAAUGGUGGUGCAGCUCAUGAAAUAUGGAGCAGAUCCAUCUUUGAUCGACGGUGAGGGCUGUAGCUGUGUUCAUCUGGCCGCCCAGUUUGGCCACACCUCCAUCGUGGCGUACCUUAUUGCCAAAGGACAGGAUGUGGAUAUGAUGGAUCAGAAUGGUAUGACCCCUCUGAUGUGGGCAGCUUACAGGACGCACAGUGUGGAUCCCACCAGACUGCUGCUGACCUUUAACGUGUCUGUCAACCUGGGUGACAAAUAUCAUAAGAACACAGCGCUGCAUUGGGCUGUGCUGGCUGGUAACACUACUGUCAUCAGCCUGCUGCUGGAUGCAAACGCCAACGUUGAUGCACAGAAUAUUAAGGGUGAAACACCGCUGGAUCUUGCCAAACAAAGGAAGAAUGUGUGGAUGAUCAAUCACUUACAGGAAGCGCGACAGGCUAAAGGCUACGACAGCCCAUCCUACCUGAAGAGGCUGAAAAUGGAUAAAGAGUUCAGACAGAAGGUGAUGCUGGGAACGCCCUUUGUGGUCAUCUGGCUUGUGGGUUUUAUCGCUGACCUGGACAUUGAUUCGUGGCUGAUCAAGGGCAUCAUGUAUGUUGGUGUCUGGAUCGCCGUGCAGUUCCUCUCCAAGGCUUUCUUUGACCACUCCAUGCACAGCGCUCUUCCUCUGGGAAUCUACCUGGCCACCAAGUUCUGGAUGUACAGCACCUGGUUCUAUUGGUUUUGGAAUGAUCUACCAUUCGCCACUGUCCAUGUGCCCUUCCUGAUAAACACUUUGGCCCUGUUCUACAACUUUGGCAAGUCCUGGAAGUCGGACCCAGGUAUCAUCAAAGCCUCAGAGGAGCAAAAGAAAAAGACGAUUGUGGAGUUGGCAGAGACGGGCAGUCUGGAUCUGAGCAUAUUCUGCAGCACCUGUUUGAUACGGAAGCCCAUCAGGUCCAAACACUGUGCCGUGUGCAACCGCUGCAUCGCUAAGUUCGACCACCACUGUCCCUGGGUGGGGAACUGUGUCGGAAGUGGGAAUCACCGCUACUUCAUGGGUUAUCUCUUCUUUCUGCUCUGUAUGAUCUGUUGGAUGAUUUAUGGCUGCAUCUCCUACUGGAGAAUCCACUGUGCCACCAGUUACGCAAAGGACGGGUUCUGGCUCUAUCUGACCCAGAUCGCCUCCUGCUCCCCCUGGAUGUUCUGGAUGUUCCUCAACAGCAUCUUUCACUUCAUGUGGGUCGCUGUGCUCAUCAUGUGUCAACUCUAUCAGAUCGCCGCUCUGGGAAUCACAACCAACGAGAGGAUGAACGCUCGGAGAUACAAGCACUUUAAAGUCACAGCCACGUCCAUCGAAAGUCCUUUCAACCACGGCUGCAUCCGAAACCUCAUCGACUUCUUCGAGAUCCGCUGCUGCGGUCUGAUGCGGCCCGUGACGGUGGACUGGACCACGCAGUACACAAUAGAAUACGACCAGACGUCUGGAUCGGGCUAUCAGCUGGUGUAGAGGAUGAGGACGAGGAGUACGAAGAGGCGGGGGUGGGGGGGAGCAGGGGGAGGAAGGAAGCUUGGACGGGGAUUCCCUCCCCUCCCGCCCCCUCCCCUCGGGCGUUCAUAUCGGAGCGACGCUGUUCUCGGGAGCGCUUGCUUUUUUGGACCAUCUCUCCCUCACCGAUCAAAUGACUUCAGAAAAAAAAUCAGCCAGGACUCGCAUGCUGUUACAGGGCAACACCACACCUACGACCCCCCCUCCCCUACAGCCCUCCCACCACCACCUUUACUACUAUUGCUACUAAUACUACUAUUCUACGACAUCAGACCCAUUACUGUACUGUGACUGCUCUCCGACCCCUCCUCCUCGUCUCUUCUCCCAAGCCCUUUGGACGGUGCAUUGCUGCCAGGCACAAACGGAGAGGAGAGAGGGCGACGGACAAGAGGAUUUACCAAUAUAACGCUCUCCUGUUGUUUGUACUGGAUAUGCGACGCUGCAGAGACAGCGGCGCCAUCGAACGGCAGUAUCACCCCUCCCACUUUCCUCUUUAUAUUAAAGCCCCUUAUUUAUGGUGUCCCUGUUGAUGUGCCCUGUAUGUAUUUUUUAGUUGUUUUUGGUUGGUCAGGAACUCCGAUGUUCCUGCGAUGACUGCGGUGGCUGUGGAAGCUGAAGGAAAAGUUUUUUUUUUUUUUUUUUAAAUCCAUGUUUUUUGUUUGUAAGUAUGUUCAAGAUAAGGGAAUGUUGUUUUAUGGUCUUGAUUUUGCACCGUGAUAAUUUGGAGUUGAGCUGAUGAGGAUUUGCCAACAUUGUUGAACUUAUCAGAGGAAAGUGUUCGUUAACAGGUGGAGCCGCUGGAGAAGUCCCAAUUUACUUGCGCAAAUCAUGCUGAAUGAAAUUGUAGGAGACUUUUUUUUUUUUCUCUGAGUAAUCAUUUCAUGCAGUAUUCAUGCAGGAUCAACGGGGGCUUCUUCAGCUGCGACCACUGUAGACGUGACAGAAAAUCUCCAACAGACAAUGUGAUACAGGUAUAUUUAUUUUAAAACUAUUUAUAGAUAAAUAACUAUGUUCUAGCACCAUCAUUUUUACAUUUCACAUCAUUUUAGCUGAGUAGGUUUUUACAAGUUCAUCUAUUAAAGACGUACCUGUGAGCUGUUUGACAUGGAAGCCCAAGAACUAAAGUAGGAAACUGUAGACAGGUACAAGAAAUGUAUUUAUUAUCAAGUAUAAGAGGAAAAAAACAAUCUAAGGCCGCAGACGGACCAUGGAAAUGGUUUGAGUUUACAAGAAAGGUUCAUUCCAUGUGUGUUUUUUUUUUUCGUUGUUUGUUUUUUUCUCAAAAGCUGUAAAUGAAAAAGUCGUCUUUGUUUUACUUGUCUUUUGUCUGCCUCCGAUAUUGCACUGAUCUUGUUUUUAGGUAGUUUUUUUUUUUUCUCUGCCGUUACUGAACUGAAGGGCCCAGCUGUGCCGAUGCUUCCAUUGUUUACAGAGAGGAAGAGGACGUAGUCGUCUGUCUCAUUGACUCAUCACUUCCUGUCUGGAUCCCCAUGCAGUCGGCUCCACAGCAGCAGCACGAUGGACUGAGGUGUAAAGAAUGUGCAUCUGUACAUAAAACAACGUUGAAAUCUCUCUGUAAUAAGUGACUUUUUUUUUGUUUUUGUUUUGUUUUUGGUUUCUUUUGGUUUUGUCAGUGUUAGUCAAAGGUGCGCCUGGUUUUUAAUUUUUUUUUUCUCAGUUUGGGGAUUUCUUCCAACUUAAACAGAACGAAGAAAAUUAAGUGACUAUACUCCAAGUGUAUGACUGUAGCUUUUAGUGAUGUCCGACACUGCUGUCUAUAGGCAUUUUAACCCCUAAACGCCCCUUUCCAUUCAACCCCCCCCUCCCCUCCCUUUCCUCUACACCCCAGAUUCCCUCCCUGCCAAAAAAAUCCUCCACUGCAUGUACGAUGCUUGGGACAGCUGGGCUUUUGCCGUCCUGUUGAUCCGACCCAUCGCCAUCCGAGCUACCAUGGUGACAGCCCGGCAAGCCACGUGUCUGUAUAUAGUGAAUGUUAAGUAUUUGCAAGUACUUUUUCUGCAUUACGUUCAUCUGUCUUGUUUAUUUUAUUUUUCUUUUUUAAAAAUCGGUUUCCUUUUUCCUCCAAUCCAGUGUGUAUCUUUUAGUGGAAGUUGUCUUUGGUCUUCAGAUUUUUAAGUCGUGGGGGCCCCCUCCUGUGCAAGUGUGUAAUAUAUCUGAAUGUUUCAUGCUUGUGGACUCUGUAGUCAUCCUAAAGAGUUUUUUUUCUACGUCAUAUAUUGCUGGGUUUGUUAUACCACUGGAUGUACAAAGUGUAAAGCAAAGACACUAGAGAACUAAGGCAGACGCCAAUUUUUUUUUUGUUUUGUUUUGUUUUUGUUUGUUUUCUAAAAGCUGAAAUGUGAUCAUACAAUAGUUUUAAGGAUAAAGGGAGGUUAUAUUAUAUUAGGGCCUCCUUAACUUUGGGCCUCAUGUUUGCAUCAUCAGAAGGGGACGGUUAUGUCAUCGUCAUUAUUCCACAUUUCACUCCCCACCCCCUUAAAAUACCUCCACAUCAGACCUGCCAACCACUGAUAUCACCACUGCCCUAUAAAGACCAGCCACAGCCACUACCGUUCAUAUGCUUUAAAGGUCAAAGGUCAUGACUUGGCUGUACGUUUCAUAUCCGCAACACAAUAAAAAAAAAAGACAACCGGUAAAUCUAAUAAAUGAUCAGGUGGCAAAUUCAGGCCAUUUCUGUGUUUUCCACGUGGCGACGUUUUUGUAGGGCAGAGUUCACCACACCACUCCAGCUCACCCCUCCCCACGACUCAAACUCGGAGCCAUUUCUAGUUCUUCCAGCAGCUUCAGAGUUGUUGACCUGCCAUCCCCCCCCCCCCCCCCCCUCGCCCCUCACAACACCACGUGGGAUAAUGAAAAAAAAA